GCGGAUCAUCCGUACAAAAAAAUAUACAUGAAUAAAAAAUAGAGAAAUUAUUACCCCGUAAAAUUGUGCAGUCAGAUAAAUAAUAUGGGUAAAAUAAUAAUUUUGGGGAGAGAGAUAAUUUCUACACUAGUUAUAUCAACAAAUAAAAAGUCGCCAUAGUCAACCUUCUUGGUCAAACUAAUUCUGCUCCGUGAAACUAAUACGUAUAUAACCCGAUCCUUUAUUGCCCUUUCCUGAAGUCGCUUUUUUUCAAUUCCAAAAUUUCCAAUCAGUUUGGAUAUUUCGACGCCGUUUUCUCCAUUUCUACACUCCGAUCGACCGAUCAGAAAAUCCCCUCUUCAUCUUCUUCUGAGUAAAAUCAAUCAAAAAAAAAAAAAGAUGGAAGACAAUUCAAAGAUGUGGACGGAUCUACUUCUACAGGCAGCCAUGAUUCUGUUCACCGUUUUCAUGCUUCUCUACAUGCAGAACAUCCCCCAGAAGUUCUUCUCCAAGCUCCGGCUCCGUGGCCGGACCAAUCUCGAAGCCAAGCGCCACUUCAUCCGGGGGGCCCAGCUCUUCGCCCAAGCCAAAUCCGCCAAGGAUCGCCCCUCCUCCGCCGCCGCCGCCAAAUCCGCCGAAGAAGAAGCCAAUCUCGCCAUAUCCAUGGACCCUAAAGACGCCGCCGCUCACAUCCUCAAGGCUCUGGUUCUGGAACUCCGGGGGCUGAAAUCAGCCGCCCUUGAAUCGCUCGAUACGGCGCUAUCUAGGGGUUUGGCGCGGUCGUUGAGCGGUGAUGAGAGAGGGGACGCGCUGUUUAAGAGGGCGGAGUUGAGGGCGGCGAUGAGUCGGCGCGGCCAGGUUGACUCGGCGAUUGACGACCUGGUUGAAUCGUUGAAGCUGAAAGGCGAUAAUGUCAAGGCGUAUUGUUUGUUGGGUGAAUGUUAUGAGAAGAAGGGGAUGAAGAAAGAGGCUCAGAAGGCCUAUGAAGAUGGACUCAUUGUCCAGCCCAAUUACUCUGUAGCCCGAGAAGCAUUGGACCGGUUGGCCUCGUAGUUGCUGGCCUGGCAUAUAGAGUCCACUUGAGCUGAGCUUCUGAUAGCUUGACAGAAAAGAGCAAAGCAAAAUGUAAUUUGUAAUUUCUCUCCUUUUUCUUGUUUGAUGAAGAAUUUUUAUCCGUUGUAUGAAUUCGACAAAUUUUGAAGUCAUGAGAUGGGUAGUUAGUAAUGUUUGCUGUUAGUGCUUGUAUUUCUCUACUUUAGGAAAUUGUUACCCUCCUUCCCAAAAAAUGAUUGUGAUGUUUGUUUUACCAAAAUAGGAUGACAUUGUUACACUAAAAUUGGGACAGAUAGAGGAGUAAAAUACCUGUCAUGAAGACAUGCACUGUUGCCAAAUGUUUGAAAUUCAAUGUAAUUAUGGAACUCGUCUUUGACAUAGUCCAAGUUGGCUUGCAUUGACUCGGGCGUUUACUUAAGCAGCAGCACUUUCUGCACCAAACAUUUGCCAUAAAUUCUGAACUGAAUCCAACGUGGAAAUUGCAAAUAUGGGGUGUUUUUGCUUGCCAAGAGCUUUUCUUUCCGGCAUUUUCUGGUUGGUAAUAUGUCUCAUUUUUGCUAGCUCCAAUGGGUAUGUAAAUGAGGAUGAAAGGAGAGCCCUGUUACAGCUAAGAGACUCUCUCAAUUACCCAAAUGGUACUGCACUCGUCCAAGAAUGGGUUGGGGAUCAGUAUUGUGAUUGGGAAGGCGUAUUCUGUGCCAGUAAUUCUGAUGGAGGUGUUCGUGUUCUUAAUUUGGAUUUGACCAGCAAAAGGCAAAAAGGGCUUGGGAUAUGGUACCCGAAUGCCAGUUUGAUAUCUCGUUUUGAGAAUCUUGAGUCUCUUUAUCUAUCUGGGAAUUAUAUAGGCAGUUGGGUCAUGCCUGAAGCAUUGUGCAAAUUGAGUAACCUCAAACUGUUGGAUCUCAGUUCAAACCCCUUGCAAGCUGAUAUUGUUCCUGACUUUAAGACAUGCAAUCUUUCGUCAUUGGAGGAGCUGCAGAUAUCAAAUAUCUUUCUAACUGGAAGGCCUCCGAUUCCAGUUCUGAGAUCAUUGUGUGGACUGAAGAAUCUUCGUUCACUGGAUUUAAGUUACAAUGGGAUCAAUGAUGGUCAGCUUCCACCUUGCCUGCCAAGUAACCUAACCUUGCUUGAAUCCCUUGACUUAUCACAAAAUAAUCUCUGGAAUUCUUCACGUGUAGUGGCAGAUUUGUGCAGUUUGAGGAAUCUCAGGAAAUUAGAUUUAAGUGACAACUCUCGCGAUGAUGUUAGUAUACCAUCAUGUCUAUUUCAUAGCCAAUCACCAAUAGAGAGUCUGGACAUAUCUCUGAACAAUCUCAAGGGCUCAUCAAAUAUCUUUUCAGAUAUUUGCAAACUCAAAAGUUUGCAGAUGUUGGAUCUAAAAGGAAACUUGAUUCAAGGAGAAAUUGAUCCAUGCUUGAGCAAGCUGACAUCCUUGGUUUCACUGGAUCUAUCCGCCAAUUUUUUAGCCGGGAACAUCCCUUCUACCAUGUUUAACAACUUGACUUCACUUGAGACCUUGAUUAUCUCUGACAAUAAGUUGACAGGAAAACUAUACUUUGCAGCCCUGGCCAAUCUCUCUAAUCUUGAAGACAUUGAUCUCUCUAACAAUGACUUAUUGGUGAUCACUGAGUCACCAAGCUGGACUCCAUCCUUCCAGCUUGUGUCUCUCAAUUUGAGAAACUGUGGUCUAAACAGGUAUAAUGGGAGUGCGGUUCCAAGUUUCAUUUCCAGCCAAAAGAAAAUAAGGGUCAUCUUCUUGUCCUAUAAUUCACUCGUAGGAGCAUUGCCCUCCUGGCUGUUGUAUAACACAACAGUUGAGUUGUUGUCUUUGAGAGCUAACUCUUUUAGUGGAGAAAUCCCUGAAUCUUCUUCUAGUUUAGCACCCUCAAACGUCUUAAUGCUGGAUAUAUCUGAUAAUCAGCUGUACGGGCUGCUUCCUCGCACUAUCCAUCAGUUGUUUCCGAAGUUGUUUUACAUUAAUAUGUCCUUUAAUGCACUUGUAGGUGAGAUCCCUUCUGCUUAUGGGAAUUUAACUGACCUGGAGGUGCUAGACCUUUCGAACAACUUCUUGCAAGGUAAAAUUCCACUCUCUUUGAGGCAGAACCAUACCUCACUGGCACAGUUAGUUCUGUCAAACAGCAAUUUUCUGGGGCAGAACGUGCCAUCUUUUACUAACAUGUCAAAUCUUGCCUAUUUGCUUCUUCAAAAUGUUGGCUUCAGUGGAUACAUCAGCAAUACUAUGAUGAAUCUUCCUGUCCUAAAGGUUCUAGAUAUAAGUUGGAAUAGUAUAUCUGGAGAAAUUCCUAACUGGUUUGAUACAUUCCCGAACUUAGGCAUCAUUUUGUUAUCUAGGAAUCAAUUCCAUGGAAACAUACCAAGCUCGAUGUGUCGUAUGCAAAACCUAAAUGUCUUAGAUAUCUCUGCAAAUUACAUAAUAGGAUCCAUUCCUUCAUGUCUUAGUAACAUAACUUCCUGGAAGAAGGAACUGGGACUUCUGCUUCCUUCUUUUAUGUGGCUCUCAGACGCUUAUGUUAACUACAGAGUCAAAGUUUCCUUGACAGCAAAAGGCAAUUCACAACCUUAUGAAGGUAUUCCUCUUUCCUUUGUCACUGCCAUUGAUCUCUCACUUAACCAACUAACAGGUGAGAUUCCCUCCCAGCUGGGAGAACUCGUGGUGCUUCGUUCUUUAAAUCUCUCUUUCAACGCCCUAUCUAGCCUUAUUCCCAAGUCCAUUGCUGCUAUGAAACAGAUAGAAAGUCUUGAUCUUUCACACAACCAGUUAGAAGGAAGCAUUCCUCCUGAAAUGAUCGAUCUCCAUUUCAUCUCAACCUUCAACGUCUCUCAUAAUAACCUCAAAGGAAGCAUCCCUUUUGAGAAUAAUUUUCGAACUUUCGACGAGUCCAGCUAUUUGGGUAAUGCAGGACUUUGUGGACCUCCAUUGCACGCAUCUUGCAGUACCCAGAACAACAAGUUACCUGAUCAAAAUGAAGAAGAGGAUGAAACGGGCUUCGCAGACGACGAUUUCUUUUACUUCUCGUGCAUUGCUGUUUCAUAUGUUCUGGGUUUUUGGGUUGUGAUUCUCCCCUUAAUUCUUAGUAAGAGUUGGCGUUACAAGUAUUAUGCUGGAGUUGAUAGUUGCAUUUCUAUUUGCUGCAACAAGUUCUCUAGCUUUUGGAGUGGUUCUUGGAAUUGUUAACAAUUUUAUGAUCAAGAUUUCUCCAUUAAGUGAAAAUUUCUUUGUGUGUUUUCUAUAGUGAUGUCCAAAUGCUUGUACAUAGUAAAUUUAUGAUAGCUGGCUCGAGGCUUUAACAUGUGAAACUAUAUAUCGUAUGGCGUUAUUAGAAGGGUUUUGAUAGAAAUAGUGACAAAAUUAUACUAAUUUAUAUGUUGCGAGAUAAUCAAUUGGUUUGAUUGAAUGUAAUUUAGUGAUUCAUAAAUUAAAGACAAUCAUGUCAAAGUCACCUUGGACCAUUUCAAAACCAAUUGGUUUGUGAGUGGGUUGGCUUUUGGAGCUUAUAAACAGAUAACAAAUCCUUCAUGGGAUUUUAUUUUCUUACACCCCUCCUCAAGCCCAAAUUAGCUUGUGAGUGGGUUGACUUUUGGAGCUUAUAAACAGAUGACAAAUCCUUCAUAACAUCGAUGUGGAAUUCUAUUUUCCAACACCCCUCCUCAAACUCAAUGGGGUAUUUGCACAACACAACAUAAUUCAUCACAAGCUCACUCGUGCGGACGGAAGCAAUUCACGCAAGUCCAAGUUAACUUGGGCUCCCAUCUCAAAAUCAACUUGAGCUUCCAUGGGCUCUUAUCUCAAAAUCAAUUGCAUGUGAGUGAGUUGGACCCUUUGGAGCUUAUAAACAGUUACCAAUCCUUCAGGACACCGAUGUGGGAUUCUAUUUCCCAACACUAUUCCUCAAGCCCAAUGGAGUAUUUGGCCCAUUGGGGUUGCAGAACACAACAUAAUUCACCACAAGCCUACCGUGUGGAAGCAAUUCAUGCAAGUCCAAGGCACACGGGGUCCACAGUUCUUCACCACAAGCCCACCCAUGCACACGGAGGUGAUUGACGCAAGUCCAAGACACACGGGUCUACAACUUUUUCGGGCUCCCGCAUGUAUGGAUAUCAUUGCGAUCAGCCCUAGACGCACGAGGUCCAAGACACACGGGGUCUACAGUUCUUCACCACAAGUCCAUCCAUGCGCACGGAGGCGAUUGACGCAAGUCCAAGACACACGGGUCUACAACUUUUUCGGGUUCCCGCACGUAUGGGUAUCAUUGCGAUCAACCCUAGACGCACGGGUCUAUAGAUAUCACAGGUCCACAGAUCGUGGGCUCUGAUAUCAUGUCAAAGUCACCUUGGGCUCCCAUCUCAAAACCAAUUGGUUAUAAGUGAAUUGACUUUUGGAGCUUAUAAACAUGUGACAGAUCCUUCACGACAC